AUGGACGGAUUGAGAAUUGAUGAAUCUAUGAGACAUGGAUUGCAACAGCAACAACAACAAGGCGGAAAUGCAAAAGAAAUGUUAGCAAAAACACCAAGAAGAGGAUUGGGUUUGAUGAUUAAUGAAGCAAAAACGGUUAGUUUUACAAUCAAUACAGCUUUCUAAUCAACUUUUUUCUGUAAAUUUCAGCCAAUAACCCGCUCUGUUCCUUCCUCAGCCACAAGAAAAAUCAGCAAAGCAACCCCGGCUUUCGAAGUUUUUGAAGAUGUCGAAGAAGUGCCAAAACUCGAGAAAAAGCCAGCGGAAACAAAUAUUAUUGAAAGAUCGUGCAGUUCGCCGAUUGAAGGAGUUUCUCGACUUCCUUCAAGUCCACAUUCGCCACUUUUUGAGCUUGAAAAUGAAUUGGAGCUGGGAGAAGAUGUGAUUUUGACGAAUGAAACUGAGGAAUUGGAGAAAGGGGAAGGAGAUGUUGAACCAUUGGAAGAUUUCAAUAACAUUUCAAUUGACGCCGGGUUGAUUGAGUUGGGAAUUGAAAAGUGGGACGAAUAUCCACCGAUUGAAAUUGCAAGCCGAUUUGAUUGUCUGGAAGAUUUUAGAGACGAUUACGCGGUAAGGUUUUCCACGUGGAUAUGAAUAGUGAAAAUAAGAACUCUCUGCUUCGAAAAUGUCACAUAUGUUUCUGAUUUUCAAUUGCCUAGGAAAACUCCCGAAAAAUGAAAAUUUAAAUUUCCAGGACGCCGAAGUCAUCUCGCUAUACGAAGAUCGCCCAGAACAUCUCGAAAUUCUACCAUCGGAAUCGGAAAUUGCAAAAAUGAUGACAAGAGAGGAGUUUGACAGUUUUGUAGAUGCAUAUUUUGAAGAAGAAGCCUAUUAA